AUGAACUUCAUGUUCAGUGAUAUUGAAUUUAAGAUAAAGUUUCAGCAGCUCAUAGAUAAUCAGAUUAUACACAAAGAACAGGAAGAUGUGCUGGUUCUAGUUGACGAUACCUUCAUUCGUCUUCCUAAAGACCUGUUGUCCUUCACCAGUUUUGUAGGGGAUUACGAGAGAGAUUCUGUUCAGUGCAGAUUAUUGAAGCUGGAAAUGAACAUUGUUUUCCUCAAGGCAUUCAAGUAUCUAUCGAUGUUUUCUUUUGUGUUAAAUGAGAGAUUUUCACUUUUACACUUGAAAGUAAUAAGAACUCGCAAGUUUUGGGGGUUUGUGUGUAAAUCAUGUUACAAUAUGAAGCUUUAUAUAUAUCACAAACGCUUUAAAGCUCUGCAAGAGAUCGUAGUAUUUACAGAACGUAAGUGA